CAAAUGCAUUUCCUGUGGUAACAUUAACUGCUGUUCUUGCCAUAAAAGUGUAACUGAGCCAACUGAUCCUCAAUCGAAAGAACUGAUGGCAACUGAGAGGAGGCAAAGAUCUUCAGACACUAGGGAGGCAACAGCGUCUGGGGAUGAGAACACCUCAUUGCUAGCUACAGCAGUAGUUCAUGCAGGAACAGGAAAUGUUAAACCCACAGCACCACCAGAGGAGGGCACUGGCUUGGACUCAUCUACAGUCACAAAUCAGCCUACCAGCAGAGCAUCUUUAGCCAUAGAUAGGUCACAUGGCAGACAAUCCACCCACAUUACUGCAUCGUUAGCAGCUAGAGGGGAGCAGACAUCUGCAGGCCAAGAUUCUACAGAUGCUGCAGAAUCUCAACAAAUGGCAGAUCAGCCAGCCGUCAGUACCACAGCAACUAGGGAGAGGCAGACAUCUGCAGGCCAAGAUUCUACAGAUGCUGCAGAAUCCCAACACAUAACAGCUCAACCAGCCAUCAGUACCACAGCAACUAGUGAGAGGCAGUCAACUGCAGGCCAAGAUUCUACAGAUGCUGCAGAAUCUCAACAAAUGGCAAAUCAGCCAGCCAUCAGUACCACAGCAACUAGUGAGAGGCAGUCAUCUGCAGGCCAAGAUUCUACAGAUGCUUCUGAUGAGUCCCAACAAACAGAUCAGCCAGCCGUCGGUACCACAGCAACUAGUGAGAGGCAGUCAUCUGCAGGCCAAGAUUCUACAGAUGCUUCUGAUGAGUCCCAACAAACAGAUCAGCCAGCUGUCAGUACCACAGUUACUUCGGAGGGGCAGUCAUCCGCAAGCCAAGAUUCUGUACAUGCUGCGGAAUCCCAACAAAUGGCAGCUCAACCAGCCAUCAGCGCUGCAACUAGAGAGGUGCAGUCAUCUGCGAGCCACGAUUCUGCAAAUGCUGCUGAAUUCCAACAUGGAGCAGAUCAGCCUGCCAUCAGUACUGCAGCAACUAGAGUGGGACCAACAUAUGUGAGCCAAGAUUCUGUACAUGCUGCAGAAUCUGUACAAAUGCAAGCUCAACCAGCCGUCAUCAGUCGCACAUCAACUACAGAGGGACAGUCAUCUGCAGGCCUAGAUUCUGUAGAUACUGCAGAAUCCCAACAAACAGCAGAUCAGCCAGCCAUCAGCACAGCAACUAGAGAGGGGCAGUCAUCUGCGAGCCACGAUUCUGUAGAUGCUGCAGAAUCCCAACAGAUGGCAGCUCAACCAGCCAUCAGUACCACAGCAACUAGAGUGGGACCAACAUAUGUGAGCCAAGAUUCUGUACAUGCUGCAGAAUCUGUACAAAUGCAAGCUCAACCAGCCGUCAUCAGUCGCACAUCAACUACAGAGGGACAGUCAUCUGCAGGCCUAGAUUCUGUAGAUGCUACUGUUGCUGAUGGAAACCAGCUUGCUAGCAUUGGUCAUUAUAAUGUGCCUACCAGCCGUGGUAUACCUGCCUCUUCUGUGCCAUCAGCAUCCAAUGAAUGGCAGCCAACUGUGAGCCACCUACCUGACACUUCUGUUGUGGCCCAGCCUUCUGCCAGGAAUCAACCUUUUAACUGGACCAGUGGUACAACAGGAGCAUCCUCAACUGUCUCCCCCUCUGUUCCUGUGCCACGAAGCCCCAACAAGCGUGUAACAAAGAAAGAUAUGCAGAAACUUGCUGGUAACCUUGGAGAUUGGGACCGGCUCGCAGUUGCAUUAGAUAUGUCUGAAGCAGAUAUCCAUGGAUUUAAAGAAGAGAAUAAAUGUGGCACAUCUGUCAGUGCAGUAGAAGAUCCACGAUUCUCAAAAGGCUUGACCGGGGACUCUACGCUCCCUGACUACAUCCAUGCUUCCCAGCCAGCAUACACACGGCCCAGUAUAUUAGGGUCUGUGGCUUGGUCAAUCAGGCAUUCCACCUGCGUCUCCAUGUUCAACCCAGACACUGCAGAUGAGGCGCGGAUGUUGUGCUGCCCAAGCCCGCGGGGGUGGCUUAGCAGGGGACUCUACGCUCCCUGA